CCAAUGGGAAUUAUCUGUCAAUUGCCAAAACAAAAAAGUCCAAUUUUUUUACUGAACUAUGCUGUAGUUUAUAGCAAUGCAUCCUCGAAAAGUCCGACGACGCUGCCAAUGGUUCCCUAAUACUCGUAGAAGAAAAUCCUUCUUCAUCUAUUUUCUAAUAGUACUUAGGAAUUCGAUCUUAAAACUAUAAAGUUUUGGUAACUAAGGGGUUCGAUCAAGCUAGUUAGGCGAUUAGAGCUUUGCCUGCAAAGAUACACGAGAUUUCUCGUCCAAUAGUUUGUCUAAAGUCAUGUUCUCAACGCGGAUGACCUACCUUUAACCACGUUAGAGGUGAGCUUGGUCCAUGGUAGAAUAUCACUCCAUUGCAAUACGAAACAAAAAGGAUGAAAAAAGCAGAACUUUAAAAAAAAGUGACAAAAGGGUGUCCUUGCCGACAAAGCUUGGGAGAUUGUCUCGUUCUACGUGUCCUGCAUGAGCAUAGCAGGCGGCAUGACGAAUAUAUAGGGCUCAAACGGCUUUGAUUGAACUGUAAGACGGAGAUAUGGAAGAGAUGAGUAAGAGGGAAAGAAUUUGUGUGACAGGUGCAGGAGGUUAUGUGGCUUCAUGGGUUGUGAAGUUUCUUCUUUCCAAGGGUUACAAGGUCCAUGGCACUGUUAGAGACCCCUCUGAUCAAAAGAAUGCUCAUUUGAAAGAAUUGGAGAAUGCUCAAGAAAGUCUGCAUCUUUUCGCGACCGACUUGUUGAACUAUGAAGGUCUUUGUGCUGCCAUUACUGGGUGCACGGGCGUUUUGCACGUGGCCAGUCCCGUGCCAGUUGGAAAAGUACAAAAUCCAGAGGCAAAACUGAUGGAGCCAGCUAUAACGGGCACGAGAAAUGUGCUAAAUGCUUGUUUGAAGGCGAAUGUGAAGAAAGUUGUUGUUGUGUCGUCAAUCGGAGCUGUCAUGGUGAAUCCGAAUUGGCCAAAGGAUCAGGUCAUGGAUGAAAGAUGCUGGACCGACACAGAACGCUGCAAGAGUAUUGAGCACUGGUAUUGUAUUGCCAAGACUAUAGCGGAAUCUGAAGCUUUGGAUUUUGCAAAGAGGACCAAGCUCAAUAUCUUAACUGUUUGCCCCUCGCUUGUCAUUGGACCUAUGCUGCAGUCCACCUGGAAUUCCAGCAGCUUAUAUCUCCUCAAUUUCUUGAAAGAGAGUUCUGAACCAGCAGAUAACGGAGUUCGUGCUUUUGUGGACGUGCGCGAUUUGGCUGAAGCCAUCUUGCUGGCAUACAAGAAGCCUAAGGCAGAGGGAAGAUAUAUAUGUUCAUCUUAUGAAAUUCACACUCAAGAUCUGGUGCAAAUGUUGAAGAGAUUCUAUCCAGAUUACAGCUAUCCUAAAAGUUUCAAAGAGGCGGAGUCGCAUUUGAAGCUCAGCUCGGAGAAGUUGCAGAAUCUGGGGUGGAAGUAUAGGUCAUUUGAAGAGACGAUCGUUGACACCGUCAAGAAUUAUGAAGAAAAAGGUGCCCUCUGCAAAAACAUUCCUGCUUCCAUCCAAUUGGGCCCCAAAUAAGAGCUUCGUGGGUGCUUCAUGAAUACGGAACACCUUCAGUCACCAGGCCCGAUAGACGUCGAGCUGAGGGUCGCGGGUUACUUCCUCCUAUAGAAUAAAGGAUCUUCGAGUGAAGUAGUUCAUGUGCAUCUGGACAAGUUUGGAAGCAGGCUCCCAUUAGUUUCUGUAAUCGGCUGAUGAAUUGCUUGUCGAUUUAACUUGAAUAUAUAAAAAGUGUUGUUGCUGCUGCCUUCU